CACAAAUGUGUUUUCAUCUGUAUGUCUAGGUCAGGACAGCGCACGUUGCCCAGACCUGCUGUAUUUGUACUUUCAUGCGAGUUUGUUCUUCAAAUUAAUUGAUGUAAACUGCCCGUAUAGCUUUUAAAGAUGCCGCGGUAUGAACUCUGUUUGAUCUUGAAGGCGAUGCAGAGGCCGGAGACUGCGGCUGUUCUACGGCGUACGGUGGAGACUUUGUUCGAGCGGGGUGCAAUAGUCAGAGGUCUUGAGAGUCUGGGUGAUCGUAGACUGCCCUACAAGAUCUCCAAACACGACGGUCGACACACGCACGGUGGAUACUUCACCAUUGACUUUCACUCUUCGCCGAAUAUCGUUAGCGGGCUGUUAGAGCAGCUUGAACGGGACAUUGACGUUUUGCGACCGACGGUUUUGAAGAAAGACAUUGACAUUUCCAAAGCGCAGUGCUGUGGCCCAGCACCAGAGAAAUCUAAGCACGCCACAUUUCAAUAAAUGCUUGUGAAGUUUGCCUCAUCUCAUGGAUUAUGGAGCCACUUUUGCAACCAGAUGGACUAAUAAAUAUCUGCAUUCUUUUUAUAGCUGGAGAAGUGUAUUUAAGAUAUUUAUGUAAUGAAGAGUAUUUAGUUUGACAGAACAAUUC